UACUGACGUCAUUCUAGUAUACCGCCCCCUUUUGGCCAAAGAGGAUUAUUAUUGGUCAAAAAAGAAACCCGGAAGUAAACUGCAGUGUUUUCAAAGCAAGUUACACACGUGUUGAAAAUGGUCCGAUUCAAAUCGAGGUAUUUGCUCUGUGAGGUAUGUGUCUCAAACCGGAACAGUCUUCAGCUACUGGAAGAGAGAGUCAUUCACCAAACACUCAGAGCUGCCGUGAACCGAGCACACGGAGACUAUGGCUCAGCACUGUUUAAUAUAGGGGUCUCAGUGAAAUACCUGAAUGCCCACACUGGAGUGGUUCUUAUACGCUGCAGGAAGGGGCAUUAUCGACUCCUCUGGUCUGUCCUUCCUCUCAUUACCUACCUUGAGAACAGAGGUCAAAAGGUGCAUUGCUUUCUCAACUGCUUACACGUAGGAGGAACAAUAAGAACAUGUCAGAAGUUCUUGGCUCAGUACAACAGGCAACAACUUCACAGAAUGCUACCAGACUGCAAAACAGAUGCUGAGAAACAAGAAGUUCGAAGAGCAAUCCUGAGUUGUUCACUGACAAAUGUCAAGGGGAAGGAAGCAGAGGAAGAAGAAAGUGAUGAUGACGAUGUUGAUGAAGAGACCUAAACCUGCUAUAUCAAGCAAAAUGUGUAGCUUAAGAUGUUGAAGUCCUUAUUACCAUUAAGUGAUUGAAGCAAAUGUUAUCUAUACAUGAAUAUGUAUGAACAGUAAAUAAAUUGUAAAUAUAAUAACUUCUCAACGUUUUUGGUGUAAAAAACCUUUUUGCAUUUAAUAAAUAUAUGUCAUCUUUA